GGAGGUAAGCAAUUCAUUAAUGAAGCCAUAUAGAGAGAUUCAAAACUAAUUAUAGAAUUAUAGAUUCAACUACUACUUCUGUGCGCUCAUCUAGCUUUGUGAAAGAAAGAAAAAAUUCAAAUACUAUUUGAAUUUAACAGUGAAAAAUGGACUACGAGAUAGCUGGAAUUGUUGUAGCCCUUCUCCUGUGGGCAGCAUGGGCCGUAUCGACGGAGCGGCGCCACCGCCAGCUGGAAGAGCUAGGGCGCCUCCCACCCGGGCCACGCCCGUGGCCCGUGGUGGGAAACAUGUUCCAGCUGGCGGGGAGCACGUCCGCCCCCCACCGCUCCUUCGCGGAAUUGGCCGGCAAGCACGGCGCCGUCAUGACCCUCCGGCUAGGCUCCAUGACGACGGUGGUGGUCUCCUCGGACGAGGCCGCGCGCGCCAUGUUCAAGCAGCACGAUGCCGUGCUGGCUGGCCGCAAGAUCUACGAGUCCAUGAAGGGCGACGUAGCCAACGAGGGCUCCCUCAUCACCGCCCAGUACGGCCCCCAGUGGCGCACCCUCCGCCGCCUCUGCACGGCCGAGUUCUUCGCCGCCGCCCCCCUCGACGCAAUGCGCGGCGUCAGGGCCAGGUGCAUCCGCCAGAUGCUGCAGUGUGUCAGGGACUCCGCCGGGGCAGAGGCGGACGUGGGGAGGUUCUUCUUCGUGAUGGCGUUCAACCUGAUCGGAAACCUGAUGUUCUCGAAGGAUGUGUUGAAUUCGGGGUCGGAGAGAGGGGCAAAGUUCUUCUACCACACAGGGAAGACGAUGGAGUUCGCUGCGAAGCCGAAUAUGGCGGAUUACUUUCCGGUGCUGAGGUGGGCGGACCCGCAGAGGAUAAGGAGGCGGACGCAGUUUCACGUGAAACGGGCGUUCGAUGUGGCGGGAGAGUUCUUGAGAGAGAGGAUGAGCGAGAGAGAGGAACUUGAUGAGGAGGAGAAGAAGAAAGAUUACUUGGAUGUGCUUUUGGAAUACAGAGGUGACGGCGUUGAAGGGCCUGCCGUCUUCUCUUCAACCAUCAUCAACGUCAUCGUCUUUGAGAUGUUCACUGCGGGGACCGACACCACCACUAGCACGCUAGAGUGGGCGAUGGCAGAGCUCCUCCACAACCCGAACGCCCUCCAAAAAGUCCAGACAGAGCUCCGAACUGUAAUCGGGACUGGAGAAGAGGUACAAGAAGAAAAGCUGGAAGAGCUCCCAUACCUAAAAGCUGUAAUCAAAGAAACCCUAAGAUUGCAUCCACCACUCCCCUUCCUAGUCCCCCACAAAGCCAUGGAGUCAUGCAAAUUGCUAGGGUUUCACAUUCCCAAAGAAACCCAAAUCCUUGUCAACGCUUGGGCCAUCGGAAGAGACCCCAAAAAGUGGAAGGAUCCGCAUGAGUUCAAGCCGGAGAGGUUCAUGGAUCCCAACACGGCGCCGGACUACAAGGGCCACCACUACGAGUUCAUACCCUUCGGCUCAGGACGGCGGAUGUGCCCGGCGUUGCCACUCGCCGCGCGGGUGCUGCCGUUGGCCUUGGGGUCAGUGCUGCACUCCUUUGAUUGGGUGUUGGGCGGCGGAGUUAAGGCGGCGGAGAUGGAUAUGAGCGAGAGGAUGGGAAUCACGCUGAGGAAAGCUGUGCCGUUGAGGGCUAUACCCAUUCCAUAUUCCAAAUAAAAAUCAGCAUGCUCAUUCCUAAAAGAGACAUAACGAAAAUGAAGAUCGAUCAUGUUGUGUUAAUUUGAAUGUUGAUUUAGACCGAUCGAGGUUGAUAUAAAAUUGGUUGUUGCUUGUUAGGAUUGGUGGGGAAAUAAGAUCUUGUAUUGGAUUCCUUGUAUAUAAAUAUAUACUCCAUAUGUUUGGAAUUGUAACAAUUGUUCACGUAGAUGUUUAUGUUUCUUAAAUAAAAAAGAGAGUUAACAAGAAA